AUGGCGUCUACCGAAGAAACUCGAGCUAUACCCUUGACGUCAUACGAAACCGCCCUAUGUGUGGUUCCUCCGUCGCAUUUAACCGGAGAUAUUGACCGGCUACGAGCAUUAUAUGACAAAGCACAUGGAAGAUGGCCACCACAUGCCAAUCUGAUUUACCCAUUUGUGGCUCCGGAGGCACUACCCCAAGCUUCAAAACUGCUACAAUCUGUGCUAAGCAACAGGAGAGAAGUCGACCCUAUCCGUCUGCGGUUGGAUAAAUCAGACUUCUUCGCCCACAAGCGCAGUAACACAGUUUAUCUCACUGAUAGUGGAAGCGAUGGAUUAAAAGCCCUAGCACAGCUGCAACACGAUAUUACAGAUGCUUUCGGUGGCCAAUCGCGGUCCUCUGGCCGACUGCAUCUCACAGUUGGUCAGAGUGAGGCAGAUGAUCUGGCCGAGAGGCAAUUCCUCCUGGAGAAAGUCGGCUUGAUUCCCGCUGUUGAGUGGGAAGUGGAAGAACUAGUGAUUCUGAUCCGUGAUCGAUCGCAGGGACUGGACACUGCUUCCAGCCCAAUGGUAGUUUGGGGGGCUGUUUCACUGUCUGGUACACCGUCGCCUAACCCUAAAGCUCUGGAAUAUUUAUCGCCAUCCUCGUUGCCAGCCCGCUCGGAGACGACAUUUCAGUUCUCGCCUUCUCAGGAUGAUAGCGAAGAAGGAAAAUGGAACGCUAUCCCAAAGUCUCCUGCGCCAACAGGAGGCAAGCUGGUAGAUUCACCGGUGACUGUUGCGUCGUACAAUGUCCUCGUCGAAUCUCUUCAUCCGCCUCCCACGGAAAGGUAUCCCCUACUCCUGCAGAAUCUACUCUCCGACGCUGCAAGUGCCAAUAUUCUCAUCCUACAGGAGGUAGCUGAUGACUUCUUGUCCUUCCUUCUCCGAGACAAGAAAAUCCGCCUCCGUUACCCAUUCGCAACCCAUGGACCACCCGAUCAAGCUGAAAUCGGUCCGCUAAACAGCCUCCGAAACAUCGUGGUCCUCAGCCGUUGGCAGUUCCGGUGGGAAUGGCUACCGUUUGACAAACGGCAUAAAGGCGCGGUCGUACUUCAGCUAGAGCACUUGGGGACCUUCCACGAUUCUAAAUUCCUCCCUCUUGUUGUGACCGGCGUACACCUUAGUUGUGGUCUCAUUGACAGUUCUAUUAUGGCUAAACGAUCCCAACUUCAAACGGUACUCAAGUAUCUGUCUGGAAUCUACCCCAAUAACCACUGGGUUGUUGCGGGAGAUUUCAACAUUACGACCUCGUCUUACACUAUUGAUACUGCCUUAAAGCGGAAGUCGAUCUCGGCGCAAGGCGCAUCGGUGUUGGCAUCUCUGGAUGGCAUGUUGACUGAUGCCGGUCUCUUGGAUUGUUACUACGCUAGUCGUGCCGCCAGUAGUGGCCUGGGAAAUCCUCAGGGUAGGUUAGAUCUCGGGGCGUCGUACGAAGGAGAGGAGGGCGCAACAUAUGACCCGACAGAAAACGAACACGCUGCACGGAUCGCAGGACAAAGCUUUCAUAGUCGUCCUCAACGAUACGAUCGCAUCCUAGUGCGUGGGGUGGAAUUCGAAGUUCUUUCAUAUAACCUAUUCGGAAUUCCCAGUGGAGAUGAGAGCCAGCUCGCAAGUGAUCAUUGGGGAGUGAGAGCGACAGUCAAGUUGAAUGGUCCAAGGUCUGGAGGCCUGGAAAGCGAAAAAGCCCUAAUCACCGUUGAAAAGGCGCCGUUGAAUCUUGGAGGUAUCGAUGGCUUGAAGGGAUGGCUGAAGGGUUAUCUAGCCUUUCCGUCCAAUGAAGAAAUCACACAGCGGCAAGAGGCUUUCGAGUUGAUCAAAGAGCUCGUCAACCGACGUGAUGCUAAUCUGCCAGCCGGUACUAGGUUAGAUUUGUUGUUUGAAGUCGUACCUGUUGGCUCAUAUGGCUUCGGUGUGUGGAACAGCUCGUCCGAUAUGGAUAUUCUGGUUAUCGGACAAGUCAGCCCACGAACAUUCUUCGCCCUUAUGAUUGCGAAGCUACGGCGAGCAACGGACAGCGAUGUUGUGCUUCUCCGCAAGGUGAAGGCAGCAUCCGGAAUAAUGCUGGAGUUGGAGGUUCGUGGCGUACGCGUUGAUUUACAGUACUGUGCAGCAACCCGUGUCGUUGAAAGGUAA